AUGAAUAAGAGAUUUGAUAGUCAUAUUCAUUACUUCAUAACGUUACAAUCUAAUUUCGGAUCCAGUGAUCAAACGAAUUACGAUUCCAGUAGCCAGAACUUAAACAUUCAUCAAGAUUUUUCUCCAGAAUCACAUUCCUUCUUCGGAAAUGAUGGCGAUUUUCACAUAGGCUCAGGAUCUAAGGACAAUAGUUAUCAGCAUACAAUUACUCAACCUGUGUCGAUCAGUGAGCAUGUGGAAGUCACGAAGCCGGUGGCAGUGCCAGUUAUAAAGAAUAUCGGAGUUCCAGUAGCACAGCCUGUUACGAUACCCGUGCCGCAUCCUAUGGCGAUAGGUGUUGCACAACCCUAUCCCGUCCACGUGCCGGUCGCCCAGCCGAUCGCCGUGCCGGUCGUGAAAACCAUCGCAAUUCCAGUCGAGAAGAAGAUACCAUAUGCGGUGGAGAAAAUUAUACCGGUGCCUGUGGUAAAGGCGGUGCCAGUAACUGUCGAGAAGCAUGUGCCCAUUCCAGUGGAAAAGCUUUAUCCGAUUCACAUACCGGUCUACAAGCAUAUUUACCACCGAAGAAAACCGAGGAAACGCGAUUCUUCGGAAGUGGUCACAGCUCAGUUGAGCCAGCAAUUAUAUUUCCCUUUCAAGCUCGUAGUAGCCAAAGUAUGA